AACGAGUUUUCGCCGUUCGAGUCAGGUUGACUGUGGUCCUUCGUCCCCCCCAUCUCCAGGACCUGGCGAGUCUGGCGCGUCCGGGCCUGUACCUCCCCACAGAGCUUCAAAACAGGGGCUUAUAGGAAGAAGGAAUGGAGGCUUUGAAGCAAUGCUAAGAAAAGAGUGAUAUUCAAGCUGAGACCAAAAAAUAUGGAAUGAUUUAGCCAUGUUUGAAAGGGAAGGAAAUAAGAGCUGACCAAAGCAUUCCGUGAAUUGGCUGACUCCAUUUCUAGGGUGAGAGAGGGGAGUACAUCAAAGAUUACUCCAGGUUUGACAGAGACACCAUUAACACUGGAUAAAGAGAAUGGAGGUUACCUCUGUCCGUGUAGAUUCCUAAGCUGUCCUGGAGUGAUCCUUGGAGUAAAGGAAAGGCAUUUUGAAGCACAUUUAGCCGUCAGCCCUGCGGGAUGGCAGCCAUUGAUUUGUCCUAUGGUCUUUACAGGGACCCAGUCUGCCUUCAAGAAAAGACAGAAGUGGAAAGGGUGGUGGCUGACUGUCUGACAAGUUGUUAUCAGGUAUGCAGGGAGUGUAUCCUUCUCCAAAAUAUCAUACUUGCAUCACCAGAUAGACACAUUUCCUUCUACACAGAAUUAUCUCCAGAGCUUCUUAAAGCAAAUGAAGCCUCCUUCAAGGACCGAGUCCCUAGUCAAAUUCCCUGAAGGAGUGGAGCCUGUCAUAUUGCGUUUAUCUAGCAUCUGCUCAAGAGUGUGCUGCAGUGGAGGGAAAUCAGAUGACCUCCCAGUCUGGUUGUGUUAGGUACAAUCAUGUGUAAGAAGUGCCAUUCGAGUCAUGUCACUGGAGGGGACUGACAGAUUCAGUGACUUUUGAUGAUCUGGCUGUGGACUUCACCCCAGAAGAAUGGACUUUACUGGACCCAACUCAGAGAAACCUCUACAGAGAUGUGAUGCUAGAGAACUAUAAGAAUUUGGCCACAGUAGGGUGUCAGCUCUUCAAACCCAGUCUGAUCUCUUGGCUGGAACAAGAAGAGUCUAGGACAGUGCAGAGAGGUGAUUUCCAAGCUUCAGAAUGGAAAGUGCAACUUAAAACCAAAGAGUCAGCCCUUCAGCAAGAUUUUUUGGGGGAGCCAAACUCCAGUGAGAUUCAAAUGAUAGGAAGCCACAACGGAGGGGAGGCCAAUGAUGUUCAGCAAUGUGGAGAUGUCCCCAGUGAACGCUCAUGCCUUAAGACACACGUGAGAACUCAAAAUAGUGAGAACGCAUUUGAGUGUCAUCUGUAUGGAGUAGACUUCCUUACUCUGCACAAGAAAACCUCUACUGGAGAGCAACGUUCUGUGUUUAGUCAGUGUGGAAAAGCCUUCAGCCUGACCCCAGAUGUUGUUCACCAGAGAAUAUGCACAGGAGAUAAAGCUUUUGAUUGCAGUGACUCUGGGAAAUCCUUCGUUAAUCAUUCACACCUUCAGGGACAUUUAAGAACUCACAAUGGAGAAAGUCUCCAUGAAUGGAAGGAAUGUGGGAGAGGCUUUAUUCACUCCACAGACCUUGCUGUGCAUAUACAAAGUCACAGUUCGGAAAAACCCUACAAAUGUAAGGAAUGUGGAAAAGGAUUUAGAUAUUCUGCAUACCUUAAUAUUCACAUGGGAACCCACACUGGAGACAAUCCCUAUGAGUGUAAGGAGUGUGGGAAAGCCUUCACUAGGUCUUGUCAGCUUACUCAGCACAGAAAAACUCACACUGGAGAGAAACCUUAUAAAUGUAAGGAUUGUGGGAAAGCCUUCACUGUUUCCUCUUGCUUAAGUCAACACAUGAAAAGUCAUGUGGGUGAGAAGCCUUAUGAAUGCAAGGAAUGUGGGAUAGCCUUCACUACAUCUUCUCAACUUACUGAACAUUUAAAAACUCACACUGCAAAGGAUCCCUUUGAAUGUAAGAUAUGUGGAAAAUGCUUUAGAAAUUCCUCAUGCCUCAGUGAUCACUUUCGAAUUCACACUGGAAUAAAACCCUAUACAUGUAAGGACUGUGGGAAAGCCUUCACUCAGAACUCAGACCUUACUAAGCAUGCGCGAACUCACAGUGGAGAGAGGCCCUAUGAAUGUAAGGAAUGUGGGAAGGCCUUCGCCAGAUCCUCUCGCCUUAGUGAACAUACAAGAACUCACACUGGAGAGAAGCCUUUUGAAUGUGUCAAAUGUGGGAAAGCCUUUGCUAUUUCUUCAAAUCUUAGUGGACAUUUGAGAAUUCACACUGGAGAGAAGCCCUUUGAGUGCCUGGAAUGUGGGAAAGCAUUUACGCAUUCCUCUAGUCUUAAUAAUCACAUGCGGACCCACAGUGCCAAAAAACCAUACACGUGUAUGGAAUGUGGCAAAGCUUUUAAGUUUCCCACUUGUGUUAACCUUCACAUGCGGAUCCACACUGGAGAAAAACCCUACAAAUGUAAACAGUGUGGGAAAUCCUUCAGUUACUCCAAUUCGUUUCAGUUACAUGAACGAACUCACACUGGAGAGAAACCCUAUGAAUGUAAAGAGUGUGGGAAAGCCUUCAGUUCUUCCAGUUCCUUUCGAAAUCAUGAAAGAAGGCAUGCAGAUGAGAGACCAUCAGUGUAAGGAAUGUGGGAAGACCUAAAGGUGUCUGCGUUCUCUCUGAAGACAUGAAAACACUGGGGAGAAACCCUAUGAAUGUAAAAAUGUGGAAGCAACUUUGUAUCUCAGGUCCUAAUGAACGCGUGUGAAUUCACAGUGGAGAAGACCCUGCAUCAGGGAAUGUGGAAAUGACUUCACGGAAUUGUCAAGCCUUACCAAACACAUCCGAAAUCUCACUGGAGAGAAACCCUAUGAAUACUGUAGAGAAUCUGGGAAUACCUUUCUGAAUCCCACAAACCUUAAUGUGCAUAUGUGAACUCACAUUGGAGAGAAACCCUGCAAUUUAAAUGGUAUGGUCUGGAUGAUGCCCCACUCCUUAUUUGUAAGUCCUAAGUCCUAGUUCCUUACACUAUAACUGUAUUUGGACAUAAGGUUUUCAAACAGGUGAGUAACUUCAAAUGAGGCUGUUAGGUUCGAUCCCUAAUCUAACAUCACUGGUGUCCCUAUAAGGGAAAGUGAAGGAAGGAUACACACGGAGAAGACUGAAUCCACCAGAAGAUGGCCAUCUGCACGCCAAGGACAGAGACCUGGAACAGAUGCUUUCAUUAUGGCCUCCAGAGGAAACCAACCCUGUCUCCACCUUGGUAAUGGACUUCCAGGCUCCAGGACUGCGAGGCAAUAAAUUUCUCUUGGUUAGAUC